AUGGCUCCCAACAACCUCCCCGCGAGCUUCAAUGCUACCGCUCAGGACAUCGRGAUGCUCUUGUCGGCCCAGUGCCACAUUGGCUCCAAGAACAUGCAGGUCCACAUGGAGCCUUACCUCUGGAAGACUCGUCCAGACGGCAUCAAUGUGAUCAACAUUGGCAAGACCUGGGAGAAGAUUGUCCUGGCUGCGCGCAUCAUCGCCACCAUUGACAACCCCGCCGACAUUGCCGUCAUCUCCGCUCGUCCUUACGGUCAGCGUGCCGUCCUCAAGUUCGCCGCCCACACCGGUGCUUCCCCCAUCGCCGGUCGCUUCACCCCCGGUAACUUCACCAACUACAUCACCCGCUCUUUCAAGGAGCCCCGCCUGAUCAUCGUCACCGACCCACGCACCGACGCCCAGGCCAUCAAGGAGGCUUCUUACGUCAACAUCCCCGUCGUUGCCCUCUGUGACACCGACUCUCCCACCGAGUACGUCGAUGUGGCCAUCCCCACCAACAACAAGGGUCGUCACGCCAUUGGUCUCGUCUGGUGGAUGCUCGCCCGUGAGGUCCUCCGUCUGCGUGGAACCCUCGCGACCCGCGACACCGAGUGGKACGUCAUGACCGAUUUGUACUUCUACCGCGACCCUGAAGCCGAGGAGAACAAGGACUCUGCCGGUCAGGAUGAGGCCAAGGUUCCAGGCGCUGACGAGGUCGGUGCUGGUCCCGUGGAUGCUGGUUUCAGCAGUGAGUGGGAGGUCGGCAAUGCUGGUGGCUCUGCUUUCGCUGCUGCUAGCGGUACCGCCGGUGCUGGUGCUUCUUCGUGGGAUGCUGAGGGUGCUGGUGGUGACUGGGCUGCCACUACCACCGAGGCCGUCGAGACUGGCAACCAGGGCUGGGCUGAGGGCGCUGCUCCUGCCUCUGAGCCAAAGUGGUAA